UUGAGGUAGUGAGACAGGAGAUAGACGGAGACGGAGGAGACAAAAUGGUUGAACUGAGAUGGACGAUUUUCUUUGUGAUGCUGCAGUUUGCAGGAACUGAGCAAAAUCUAUCCUACAUCAUGGCCAGACUUGGAGACGAGGUCACUUUGCCUUGUGACAAUGUGAUAAAAAAUCAGAACCAAUGUACCCAAACUUCUUGGUUUUACACUGGUUCUGAAGGAGAUCAAACAGCAGAGCUGAUUAGUCUCGGUCAGAUUGAUGAAAGUGAGAUAGCUGAAGAUAUAUCCAACAGACUGAGUGUGACAGCAGACUGUUCUCUGGUUAUAAAGGACGUCACAUAUAAGGAUGUUGGUCAUUACAGCUGCAGACAGUUCAACAGAGCAGGACAACAACAAGGUGGAGAUGCUCUGGUUGUUCUGUCUGUUAUUUUCAUCUAUGAAAAGCAGAACGGUGAUCAAACUAUCUUGAACUGCUUUGUGUUUACAUAUGGUGGAUGUGAGCACACAGUUCAGUGGUUGUUUGUUGGUAACUUUAAUGACGUGGAGACAACAACAGGUUACUGUUCAGCCAGUGUGACAUUUCCAACUCGUUAUCUGAGUCAGAAGUCAAAGUUCUACGAGUCUCUGAAGUGCAACGUGACAGAUUACAGGCGUGGAGAAACGCUGCUGUUUUCAACAGUAACUGGACAAAAUGUAUCUUACAUCAUGGCCAGACAUGGAGACGAGGUCACUCUGCCUUGUGACAAUGUGAUAAAAAAUCUGAACAAAUGUGACAAAACUUCUUGGCUUCACAGUCCUAAAAGAGGAAGAUCAGCAGAGCUGAUUAGUCUCGGUCAGAUUGAUGAAAGUGAGAUAGCUGAAGAUGAAUCCAACAGACUGAGUGUGACAGCAGACUGUUCUCUGGUUAUAAAGGACGUCACAUAUACGGAUGCUGGUCUUUACAGCUACAGACAGUUCAACAGAGCAGGACAACAUCAAGGUGGAGAUGCUCUGGUUGUUCUGUCUGUUAUUUUCAUCUAUGAAAAGCAGAAGGGUAAUCAAACUACCUUGACCUGCUAUGUGUUUAGAUAUGAUAUACAUAUAUGUGAACACACAGUUCACUGGUUGUUUGAUGGUAACAACAAUGACACGGAGACAACAACAGGUUCCUGUUCAGCCAGUGUGACAUUUCCAACUCCUCAUCCUAGUCAGAAGUCAAAGUUCUAUGAGUCUCUGAAGUGCAACGUGACAGAUUACAGGAGUGAGAAAACGCUGCUGUUUUCAACAGAUUCAGAGGGUGUGGCUGAAGGUAUCGACACCUUGCAUCCCACUCUCUCUCCUUGGUGGUGGAUCAUCAUUGUGCUUGUGGGUUUAGCAGCUCUCAUAACAGCUGUUGUGGUGGUCAAAAAAUGCAUAUAAUAACUAAAGGUGAGAACAUUCACAGAUGUUA